AUGGUCACCAUGGCAGCGGCUGUCUUGGUUUGGCUGGGUCUCGGGUCUGUCAAGGAGGUUUGGAUUCAGUUCUGCUCCUUCAAGAAGAACGUGGAGUCGACGAGGACCUUUCUCCAGGCAGUGAAGAGCGAGAAGGUCCGCGCCACCAACCUCAGCUGCUCGGUGAUUGCGCACAUGAGGCACAACAGCUCCACACUCUGCGUGGACGUGCUGUUCCGAGACAGGCGCCGCCUGAUUAUGAGCGGCGCCCAGCUUACCGCCCAGGAAAUGCUCACUGCCUUUGCCUCCCACAUCCAGGCCGGGGCCGCGGCGGGGAGCCGGGACAAGCCUGGCGCUGGUAUCGGCCGGGGCUGA